AUGAAGUCAGCUGAGAAAAGGCGUUUCAAGCAAGCGAUGGCAAGUGGUCACUCUAGAGAGAAGGCUCUGGAAAUAGCAAGAAAUGCCUCCACGGCGAAAAGAGUGCGCUCGGAAGAGUCAGCCAAAGAAACGCCAGGUGGCAAAAAACCCAAAACGUCUUCGCACGUGGGAAGGCCAAUUUUUAGCCAAGUGGCUAGCAUUGUUCGGCUGGGUAUUGUCCCUUCUGAUCUAGCUAAGUCACCCUUUAACAAAGAACAAUUGGUUCUUAUUCAAGAAACGGUUAUUGACGUAAUGAUCGAGGUCGACGACAAUAACAAGCCAGUAUUUGAGAGUGCAAUACACAGGAACGGUUGGUUGCUGUUUCUUUGCUCCAAUAAUGACACGGCCAAAUGGAUGCGAAGCAAUUUCGAUCUUAUUAAGAAGAAAUGUGGGUUAGAAAUGAUGCUCGUGGAGGAAAAUGAUUUUCCUAAAACGUUCAUCGUGAGGGGUUUCUUCCCACAGAGUAUUGAACUCUCUAACGAGAAAAUUCUUGCGACCAUUGGGGUCCAGAACAAUCUGGCAGCCAAACACUAG